UGAACUUCAUCAUUUAAGUAUAAAACGUUCAAUACAAGUAUUACGUUUUAAUAAUUUUAAUCCAUUUUAUAUAAAACGACGUCCAAAUUCCGAUGAUAAAAAUAAUAUUGAUGAAAUAAUGUAUUGGUCUAAUCAUCGUUUUAUGGAAUGGUUAAGAUCAAUUGAUCUAUCAGAAUAUGCACCAAACUUACGUGGAUCUGGUGUUUGUGGUGCUCUUAUCGUAAGAAAAUUUCAUCUAGUUUUUUUUUUCUUUAUACAAGAGAAAUAG